GUGUCGGUACCCAGGCGGCGCGCGGCCUCCUCGCGCAGCGGUGACGGGAGGAAAAAUAUUCAUACUAGGAAAUGGCAGAAGCAGUUUUUCAUCCUCCAAGAAGGAAAAGAAGAAUUUUUGAGUCAUAUGACUCUCCCUUUCCUGUGGCUGUAGGUGGGAAGGAUUUCAGGAUAUGCCGGGCUGAAAUCCUGAACAACAAUGUUAUUGUGAGGAACCCUGAGGACAUUGACUUGCUUUACAGCAAGGGCUAUUUUGGGAAAGGAAUCCUUUCCAGAAGCCGACCAGUCUACAGCAUUUCAGAUCCUGCACUAGUUGCUAAGUGGCAAGGUGCUAACCUGAACAUGCCUAUAAUCACAUCCAAAAAGUACCAGUGCCAUGUCCAGUGGGCUAAAAGUGUUUUACAAGAGCAAGGAUUGGAUGAGUGCUCAGUUACCAAAAUCCUUGAUAAUUACACUAAGCCUGUUGAGCUGCCACUUUUGGAAGAGGAUAGAGCUGAACAAACCAGGAACAGCUGGAGUAGAAAUGGCCUAAAUGCAGAAAAUACAGAACUUCCCACACAGUCUUCUGCAGACGCUGGGAACAGAGCAGCCCUAAGUCCUGACAGUCAGCAGGAAGGCUUCAAGAAAGCCUGUUUGGAAAGAGACCCUCAGUUUGAUCCUGUGGCCCUGUGUGGCUCUGAAAAACAGGAGCAAGGGGACUUGAAAGAGAAAGCUGAAGUGUCUUGCCAGAAGCAUGGUGCUCUGGUGCCCUGCAGCUGCACAGCCAAGGAGAACACUGAGCAAAAACCUUGUGAGAUGAUCAGGUCAGAAGCGUGUGCUCCAGAGUAUGUGUUGGUGGAGGAAGAAGUAGAAGGUAGCUUAAGUCCUGAAGAUGGUUCUGCUCAUGCACGAGAAGAUCUCGUCAAGAAGGAAAGACUAGUAUGCAGAAAAAAUCCAUUUAGGAUUACUGAAUAUUUACAGCUCAGCUUGGAGGAGGCUUUUUUCUUGGUGUAUGCUCUGGGAUGCUUAAGUAUCUAUUAUGGUGAGGAGCCCCUGACUAUUGUGAAGCUCUGGGAGGUUUUCAGUGAAGUGAAGCCCCACUUCAAAACAACCUACAUGGCCUACCACUACUUUCGCAGCAAGGGCUGGGUCCCCAAAGUUGGGCUGAAGUAUGGAACUGAUCUCUUGCUGUAUCGGAAAGGCCCUCCCUUCUAUCAUGCAAGUUACUCUGUCAUUGCUGAACUGGUUGAUGAUAGCUUUGAAGGUGCUCUUCGCAGACCUCUCUGCUGGAAGUCCUUGUCUGGGCUGAACAGAACAACUGCUAAUGCUUCUAAGGAGCUGAUGUUGUGCUAUUUGAUUAGACCAUCUGACAUGACUGAUGAGGAGAUGUCAACACCAGAAUGCAUGAAAAGGAUCAAGGUUCAAGAGCUGAUAGUGAGCCGUUGGGUUUCUUCCCGUGAGCGCAGUGAUCAAGAUGAACUUUAACUGGUGGUGCAGGAGAAGCUCAUUCAGAACCACUUCUUGGUUUUGACCCAGUUGGGUUUUUUUCAUGAUGCCCCCCUGCCUCAGAGCAGUUUCAGCUCACUCAGUUGGGUAUGUAUUCAUGCUGUUUUAAGUCAGGUAUAACCUGUUUCCUGGAGAGGAUGUUGAAAAAAAGCAGUGUAAUAAUGAGGAUGAAAGGGAGAAGAAUAAAGCUCAGUCCCACCUCAAAGUACUUGUUUAUUUCCUUAAAACAUACAGCCACGUCUGAAUGGUGGCUAGGGCUGAUUUCAUAUCCCUGCUUGGUGGCUAGAUCUGACUUCCUAGCCUUAAAGCUGCACAGACUUGGACUUGGGGAGAGGGUUUUUGGUUGCAAUACUGAGUGGUGUAACACAUUGCUGUUGGGUGCCUAGACCCUGGAAUUGUGCCUCACUGUCACAAGCACCACUCAGAAUUGAGGAACUCUCCCCAGAAUCAUAGAAAUGUGCAAGGAUAGGGUCUAAGCACUGAUCAGCAGUUAGGUGUUAGCCACCUUUCUCCAUGUUGAUCUUCCCUUGGGAUUCUCAGCCUGAAUAGAAUAAAAUUAGCCAGGUUGGAAAAGACCUUCAAGAUCAUCCAGUCCAAC